AUGGAAGCUUUGAAUCUGUCUCAAAUGUGUUCCUUUCACAAGGACUCGGUGCUGACAAUGUCACUCUACCAGCUCUCUUUAACGCAUUUCUGCGAAGUGCAUGGUCCCACUUCGAUCAUCUGUUCGCAGGUUCUACCCUUUUCAUGCUCUCAGUGCUAUCCUGAUACUUCCGAAUUCUCUCCCGACGAUACCCCCGCGACUUCUCACGAUACCCAGUCCUCUCAUGGCAUGCGCAACCACGUCGGCGACGCCAGGGAUGCUAAGUCAACGAAGCGUCCAGAUGCAUCCAGCGCAACGGCCGACAAAUCUCCCAAAAUCGAAGAUUCACCUUAUUUCCUUAAGAAUCAACCAAACUCGACCGAGCCUUCCAAAUUGAAUCGCCUGGGAGGAGCUGACGGUGACACUUGCGCCAGCUGUAGCUUGACUUUACCUGACGAUGUGAGUAAGCAGCUCCCCCCGGGCGCUCCAGGAACCGCCACUCGCGACGGCAAGGGAAGGAACGGCAGCCCAGUUUUGCGAUCCAGAGAAGUCGUCUACUCUUGCGGCACGAGCCAUUCCGACGGUGACGACAGUGCGCACGAUCUACACGGUCAUGCCUCCCUUCCCGAUUCCCUCCACUCGUCCUCGGUCGCCUCCGAUGCGUCGUGUCACACUCACAUCCUCACAUAUCUAUCACUCCGUGGGCCUCCAAACCCAUCAGACUACGCUCUUCUCCGCCGCUCCUCCAUUCGUACCCUCAGCUGCGAGCUUCUCCCUCGCGGCCUUUCCUCGGGACCUUUGUGUUUCGGUGAUGCGACUGCGGGCUAUACGAUCGCAUACAUCUUCCGCCUGCCCGAUCCCAUGGCUCGCGGCAAAAGGCGUAGCUAUGCGCUUGUCGCGUUGGCCGGCAAAGAUGCAGGCAGGGCCUUCCGCGCGUGUCCGGUGAUAUGGCGUGCUUUUGGGAGAAUCGCAACUGGCAUCGUCAAUUCGGCCGAGAAAUACCAGGAGGAGACAAAGCGUCUCGAGGAACAAAAUGGUGGACCGAGCCGGGCCAACAAUCGCCAGUAUACCCCCGUCUCAUCCUUCCUCACCGGCCGCACAAUCGACCCAGAUGGCCAGCCCCGCCGACUUGGGCAGAUUCGGGCGCGGAACCUCUCCGAAAUCGUGGGUAAUCAGUACAUCUUCGCAGAAAUACACGCGCACUUCGUUGCUCUUUUGCAACAGCUCGGCUCAAUGUUUGGGGCUGUACCAAUCUCGGAAGAACGAUUCAUUUGCAGCACACUAGGCGACGACGGCGAUGUUAAAUCGCGACGCGGCACAUUGGUUGAUGACGGGAAGGACUCGGCAGCCAAAAGCCAGUCACAGAGCGACUUUGGAAUAUCUGGUCUGGAUUUGUCUUCAGGCCCUAAGCCCAUUCCUAUCGCGCCUCGUCGAACUGUCAUUGCUUAA